AUGCAGAGAAGAAUCAGGAGUACGAGUGGGCACUUGGUUUCAAGAUACCAGGAUCCCCUUCAAGACGGCAGUUUCAUUUAUUUACUGGUAGAGGCAAGAACAUACUUCCGUGGAUUUUUGCAAGAAGGAGCUGGAAAUGAACCACAAUACAACUGUGGAUUUCGACAACUACCUUCGAGAGGUAUGUCUUUAUAUGGAAAGCAGGAAUCAGAAUCCCAUUGGAGGGAAGGGGAAAACUGUGGUAGUGAACGAAACAUUAUUCGUCAGGCGGAAGAACCACUGUGGCCGCAUGCUUCAGCAACAGUGGUGCUUUGGAAGCAUCUGCAGAGAAACGAAGCACUGCUUCGUGGAGGCCGUUCCAGAUAG